GAUUCUUCCUCAUAAUCAACAAUUUCCCUUGCGUUCGUUUUCAAUCAUCUCUUCUGUCUCUUCUCAUCUACCAGUCUCCCUUUUUUAUUUCUUCCUUCCAGUUUGCGUCGCUGCCUGGUCUCAUCUCUGUUGCCUGUUGGUUUUCUAUUCUAUUUUCUCGGGAACCAAACUGAAAUAGAAGUGCCGCAAGCUGGGUGAUUUAUCCCAUUCAAUGACUUACAAUGAUGAAGACGAGGAGAAUGGCGGCGGUGGGGGUGAGGUGGUUCCAGAGCUGAUCCUCAGGGUGGAUGAUAACGAUGGAGAUUAUGUGAAAUUGCGAGGGGAAUUAGAGGAAUGUGGGGAACAGGAAAGGGAGGGAUCAAGGGAGCCUGUUUCUCCCAGCUGGAGAAAGUCCUUGUGGUAUUGGGUGAAGUUGGCUGUAUUAGUUGCUUGUUUGGGCUUGCUAUUUGGUGUUUUUCUCAAAUGGAUUGGUCCCUUUUUCAUUGACAAGGAGAUCAUCCCAAUUAUAAACUGGGAAACAGCAACAUUUAGUACUCCAGUACUUGCAGUUCUGGUCUUUGCUUCUGUGGCAUUAUUCCCCAUGGUACUUUUACCAUCUUCACCAUCUAUGUGGGUAGCUGGGAUGACAUUUGGUUAUGGAUAUGGAUUUCUACUAAUUAUAUCUGCGGCAGUCAUUGGUGUAUCACUUCCAUUCUUCAUUGGCAAUCUUUUCCUCCACAAAAUUCAAAGAUGGCUAGAAAAGUAUCCAAAGAGAGCAGCCAUCCUACGAGCAGCUGGUGAAGGAAAUUGGUUUCAUCAGUUUAAAGCUGUUGCAUUGAUUCGGAUUUCUCCAUUCCCAUAUAUAAUAUAUAAUUAUUGUGCUGUUGCAACACAUGUCAAGUAUGGUCCAUAUAUAUUGGGUUCUUUGGUGGGAAUGGUGCCGGAGAUUUUUGUCGCAAUCUACACUGGGAUCCUGAUACAGACACUGGCAGAUGCUUCGAAUGAGCGGCAUACCAUUUCAGCCCCUCAGAUAGUUUUGAAUGUUGUUGGUUUCUGUGCCACUGUAGCUACGACGAUUCUUUUUACAGUAUAUGCAAAAAGGCAGCUCAAAGUGUUGCAAGGAGAAGAACUAUUGCAGUAAAUUCUAGUUUGGGUUUGGCUAUAAGCUAGGUUUUUUGCAUAUUGGAACACUUUGUAUGGAGUGGAUGGGGUCUUAUUUAGUAAACAACUUCAUCCACAUCUCCCAAAAAGAUCACAGGAAGACAUGCAGACACCUGAAGUUUUAUUCCUCGGAAAAAUGUCUUCUUGUCUCUCUCUCAGGCAUACACACACACACACACUCUGAACUCUGAAUUAUCACAUGUACAUGAUUGGAAUUCUGCCUGGAAGAAAUUCAAUUGAAGUGGGCCAAAAUUCUUGCUGUAAA